AAAAAUAAUUAUUUCCAACCUAACCCAGCCGCUUCUACUCCAAGAGAAGCCCAUCGUCAUCCAUCUUCUUUCUCACAUUCUCUUACUCGCCACUCGCUAUCUUAUGUCAAUGUAGCAUCAAAUAUAAUCAGAUCUUUGACACUUCUUACCAAAUCCUCCUUCCCACGACAAUUCUAUCCCUCUUGUCGCAUCCUCGCUUGACUCACAAUGCCCACCCCCGCGCCCGCUGAGGGCGACGCCGCGACGGCCAAGCUCGGCGUCUGGAAGCAGGCCCUCUACGAUCGAUGUCGCGAGUCUGGGACCGACAUGUUCUCCCAGGAUGAUCUUUUGCGCCUCGAUGUCAUUCCAAACAGAGACCUCAUGCUGCUCGCCCGUGUCGUUCAAUCCCUCACAGAUGACAAGCUUUUCAUCACCAUGCGCGAGGCCUCGGGCCAAGUGCUAUGGAAAUGGCGCGACUCUGAAGAAGCCCACAAGUACAAGCAGUGCUCGACCGACGAACAGGUCAUGGUCUACUCUCUCAUCGACGACUCGGGCGGCGACGGUAUCUGGUCGCAGACGCUGCAGAAGCGACUGAACAUGCACGACUCGGUCCUCAAAAACGCACUCAAGCAACUCCAGACAAAGGGUCUAAUUGCGCCCUUCAAGAAUGUCGAGCACCCGAACAAAAAGAUGUUCAUCAAGGCCUCCAUACGGCCUAGCGACAGAGCCACCGGCGGCCCGUGGUAUACCGAUCAGAACUUUGAUGAGGCCUUUAUUGAAGACCUGCAGCGAGUUGUAUAUGAUUUUAUCAAGCGUCAGAGCAGCUAUCACAGCACACACGGGGGAGGUGCUGCGCGGACGCAAGUUCCCAAGAAAGGUGUCGUGAAAGGUGGCGUGGAAAGGGGCAAGAAGAGAGAUGCUAGUCACAUAGAUGAGCCCCCAGCGAAAGCCACCAAGAUAUCUCCUACGGCGGCCGUCAAAAAGGACGCCCUACUUCCUCUGCCUGCUGGAUACACAGGCUAUCCGACCGUACGCGACAUCGCUCGUCUCCUCUCCUCAAGCGGCAUUACCCAUAACACCAUCCUUUCUGAGCACGACGUACAGAAGCUUGUCGACGUACUUGUCUGGGACAACCUCAUCGAGUCGGUCAAAGUUGCUGGAAAGAUUGGCUACCGCGUAUCUCGCAUCGCCAAGCAGUCUUUAGAAAGCUGGGCUGGUCGAGAUGAUCCUACAGGCCGUGAAGGCGGUCCCGAGCCUAUCAUCAGUGCCUUCACCGAAGCUCCCUGUGGACGUUGUCCCGUGUUCGAGAUCUGCGAAGAGGGCGGUCCUGUAGGCCCCAAUAACUGUGAAUAUUUCAAAAGGUGGUUGGGCGUUGAAUAGAGCAUGAGUGCAGAUUUUGCAUGCCGAUACGAUAAGUAUGGGUCAUUGAUACCUGCAUUUUUCUGACGGAGAACGGAGUUAUGGUCUGGAAGAAGGCUUUUUGUUUAUAGGGAUAACAGCAAAGGCGUAGAAGGACAAGCGAAGGCCAUUUAGAAUGCAGCCAAGCGCAAUGGUCGCAGCGAUCAUCAAUCAAUUUUUACCAAGUAGAGGAAUGAGCUGUCAAGCGGUAUUUCAAGAAUCAAUCAUUCACAUC